UUCCAAGAGAGGAGAGGAGAGGGGAGCCAGAGAGAGGGGCGCAAGGUUACAUUGCAAGUUCUUCGCAAAAAUGGGGGACGACCGACCUUUUGUGUGCAACGCUCAUGGCUGUGGACAGAGGUUUACCAAUGAGGACCACUUGGCUGUACACAAACACAAGCAUGAGAUGACUCUGAAAUUUGGACCAGCCAGAACUGACUCAGUCAUUAUUGCAGACCAGACUCCGACUCCCACCCGCUUCCUAAAGAACUGCGAGGAGGUCGGUCUGUUUAACGAGCUGGACAACUCCUUCAAUCACGACGAUGAUGAAAAGAGAGCAAAGAACUCUCACCCUGCUCCUAACUCAGUGGCUGUGGACAUGAGAAUGCAGGCCUCAUCAGAGGUGAAGGUGAAAGAAGAGGAACCUGUAGAGGUGGACUCCUCGCCUCCAAGCAGCCCCGACUCCUUCUCUGAUGAUUCAGACUACAGCAUAGAGCCUCAGGACACACCACCCAGGAGUUCAGCCCCCACCCCGACUAUUAUGCGUCCAGGUUCCCUCCCACUACACCUGGGCUUUGAUGGCUUUCAUCCCACCAUGCCGUCUCCCACCUCCGUCAUCACACAAACCCCGCCCUCCAAUCGUACCCUGUGUUCGCCGACCAGCCACUACCCCAUGAUGAUGCUUCCCUCUGGUCAGGCCGUGCCUUUGCUCCCUGGUCCAAUGCACAUACCUUCUGUCAUUAACCUGGCCCGCCCCAUGUGCAUGGUACCCAACAUUCCUGGGAUGCCCGGCCCCCCUCUGGGAGGCAGCAGCAGUGGCUCUAACUCCCCCUCUGGCUACAGCAUCCACUCAGAGGCCAAGAUGCGUCUGAAGGCUGCCCUGUCACAGCACAGCCCCUUAGGGUACAGCAUGGGGGCCAUGUCCAUGGGAGGCAGCCCCAUGGCCCCUCAGAGGGCGGAGCACAGCCAGCUGCUGGUCCAACAUCCAGACGCUCCAUCACCUGCACAACCUCAGGUAUCUCCAGCGCAGCCUACAGGUGGGCGUCGGCGGCGGAUGGGCGAAGACGACCCCGACGAGCGAAGGCAGCGCUUCUAUGGAAGAGAGCAUGAAAGACAUCUCGGAGCCGACGGGGUCCCCUGCCCCGGUGAUCCAGCACAGCUCCCUGGCACACAGCCCCUCCGCAGGGCACAACGGGCUGAGCAGGGCAGCAGCGGAGGCCAUGGCCAUGUCCGUGCUGGCAGGGAUGGGCCAGCACCAGAGGUCUGAGAGCGGACCCUCUCACAUUAUCAUGGCUGCACAGUCUCAGUCGGCUGCCAGAUGAUGAGCGAUGCCGCCACGGCCCAGACUUGGCUCACACUCGUCACCCAGGGGUAGGAAAGAGCAGCGGAACCCCCCUCCCCAACUUUCCCCCCGAAGUCCAAGUUUCUCCUCGCCCCCUGCCUCCUCCGCUCUCUGACCCUCCUGUGGAGCCGUCACGCUGCGGCCUGGAGCUCAGCAACAGCCUUCUGGGAAUGGACUGAGACCUUUUUGAGAGAGCUUCCCAUUCACUUUGCCAUAGACUACAGGGGCUGGACUCCAAACUUCAUCCUCGUCUCCCCCCCUCUGUGCUUCCCCCCCUCAUCUCUCCUUCCCCCCUCAGUUUAAAUGACCUCUUCACUGGACUGUAGGACUGCAUCGCUCUGAGUGUCGCAAUGAACUCUCCACACGGACACAGAUUUUAACACACAGGUGUUGCACCUCGUCGAUCAAAUCAGAUACCAAACAACACGCAGGGCUUUACACUGUUUUCAGCAGGGAAUUGUGCCUCACACACCCACACGCCAUCACAGCACACAUCCUCCAAAGAUGCAGUAGCUGUCUAGACGUCAGUGACUCACAUCUGACGUUAAACCUUUUGUACACGGUUCCACAUCAAGGUGAUCUCAACAUGGAUCCAAAAACCUUACCUCAAUUACUCCCCUUUAUUAGAACAUUCAUAAACGGUGUGCGUGAUUAGCUCUGCGCGUAUAUAUUGAUGUACUUAGCAGUUUGCCUGCUCCUGAUCUGAUUCGUUAAUAGCUGGAUUAGCAUGUGACUUUUUUCUAUUAGUGUGUUCUUGAUACAGCUAUGUGCAGCUAUACUUUUUAAUCAAUUGGCACAUCCUCCCAGAUAAGUCCAAAACAAGUCGGAUUGACAGAGUAUGGUCUUUACAUCUGUUCUAACCUGAAGGGAAUAAGCCCCUCCUCCUCCUCCUCCUCCUCCUCCUCCUCCUCCUCCUCCUCCUCCUCCUCCUCCUCCUUUCCUCUUCAACAGUUCUUCUGGUUACUGGUUUUCUAAGUGGACGCCUUUUCCAUUUGAUAUGAGCUAUUCUAGUGGCUGUGUUUCUCGGUGUGUGGGCCCUGGACUUACUGUAACUGUUAUUUUCACACUUCUCAGGAUGGUUGCACAUCCUUGCUGCUCGUUGGAAGUGCGAUGAACCCCUCAAUCCCUCUGCUCUUUACCAAACCUAAACCAAGCCAUAAUGACUACAAAUCAGAUGUCUGAAUCUCCAAAGACCACCCUGUGUACGUGUGUUUGGAGGCAGGAAGUAAAUAGCCUGACUGUUAUCUUGUGAUUCAGAGCUCACAGUGACACACACUGCAGUAUAUCACUGCCUUUUACUUGCACUUACACUCUCACACAAAAUGUCUGAUCAUGUUUGCCUUAAAACCACAUUGGUGCCUCCCAUACCCCCCCUAGAACAGAUUUGCUCCUGAGCCAUACAACAAUAUAUAUCUUCUUAACUUCAUCAAAUGAAAAACAACUAAUAAAGAACCAAAAAUCCCUUAUUUAGGAUUCUUUAAAGCCUUUAAAAGAAUGACAACUCUCUUCCAGUGACACAAAUGAUCCAGUACUUGUCUGUCAUCUGGUGGAGGGACUCAGAUAAGACAUCUAAGCUUCGAGGGAAGAACACUUUUGGAUAUCUUGUGACUGAACAGCUCCAUUUCCAAGAUAUAUUUUACAUAAACUCCUAAACAAGCGGUUUUCUUUUCAUGUUGUCUUCCUGCAUAUUGUUCUUUUAUCUGAUAUGAUCAAUCAUAUAUUUUAAAGAUGUGAUACUUCAAAAACCUGUCCAUCAACAUAAGGGCAUGUCUUUAUGCACUAAGAUAAUGCAAGUUUCCUAGUUUUUAUAUCCAUUUAAAAUUCUCUUGGUCUUUUCCAGAGAUAUCAGAUGUUCAGAGUCUCCUCUCUGUACUGUAUACGUUAAUGGGAAUUUGCUCUGCAACUUUAAACGUUUUCACCUUUGACUGAACCUCUUGUCCUACAGUCCCAAUGGCGACCCCGGCAUUUUGUUGUACUUCAGAGCUGGCGCUAUAUUUGGCUGGCAGUCGCUUAUAGACGAUUGUUCGUAUGAAAUGAAAAGUCAAACUAUAUUUAGCUUUCAUGUUUUCAUAUCAUUCAUGUCAUUGGCACCUUUUUCUGUCAGUUUUUGUUUUCUUUUGUGUCUUUUUUUCAGAACGAUACAACCUUUGUCAUUAUGCUUCUGAUUGUACUGAUGAAUAUAGAAACACAUUUCCUUAAAACACAUUUAUUUUUUGUUCGAGAAAUGUCAGUCCUUUUUCAAAAAGCGAUUUGGAUCCUCUUUGUUAUAUCUUAAAAGAUAAAUUUGGUCGUGUCUUUCUAACUUAUUUUUCUAAUUGGGCAACUAACAAACGUCAUUACAGUCUCUGGCAUAUUAGAGUUACCUAGGAUUGUUGUGAGAAGAGCAAUUUAGUGAAAGAUGCAACAAUGUGAAAGUUGCACAUAGCAUACUCGUGUUUGUUCACACUCCCAUCGUUGGACUGAUGAUUUCGGAAAUUGUCCUUGUACAUAUCUGUACUAUAUGAAUAUAUUUACUUUUCCAUGCAUGUCCAAGUGGAAUACUAUGAACACUUACAGUGCUGCAGUUUUAAUUAAAGAAACUACAUGUUAAUGAACAGUUAUACAGUCUGGGUUGUUUGUUUGUUUUCAGUGUAUUUCACAAUGACUGAAAUCGUUGUGGGUAAAAGCGCCGUCCUUUUACAAAACAA